AUGCUUAUCUUGGCGACUAUUUCCACGCUGCUAUCAUUUACUACAGCGCAUCUUACUGUGCGGCAUCAGGAUCAUGGCGUCGCUUGUGCGAAUGUGCACAUGAUGCUCGCUAGGGGCACCACGGAGAGUUAUCCUGGUCUUCUUGGCACCUUGACCGACAAGGUUUUGGAUGCUGUUCCCGGUAGUGACUACGAAAACAUUAUUUACCCGGCGACUCAGGAGGGCUCGACUCCUAGCUAUGGAGAAGGUAUUAGAAAUGGCACUGCUCAGUUGAAAAGAUAUGCAAGGGCUUGCCCAGAGUCAAAGAUUGUCUUAUUUGGUUAUUCGCAGGGCGCCAUGGUGGUGAGCGAUAUGUUGGCUGGAAGCGGAGACAAUGGCACCCUAGGGGCGCUUUCUCACCCAACUGUAGAUUCCAGAACACUUGGCUCACACAUUACGGCAAUUGUGCUUUACGGCGACCCACGUCAUAUGCCUAACCAGACAUACAAUGUCGGAGAUGUGACAGCCACCGGUAAAUACCCACGAACUGAUCAACAACUACUUGCCCUGUCCGCUUAUGCAAACCGACUCCACGACUUCUGUGAUGACAAAGACGGUGUCUGCGAUGCAGCUGGAACAAACCUUUCAGCCCACAUGGCCUAUGCGACAAUUUGGGAUAACACUGCAGCGUCAUGGGUAGUCAACAUGCUUGAGAAAUAG